AUUCUAUUGCAGAAAAGAAAAAGAGAAAAAAAAUGAAAGCUUGCUACGGAGGAAAGGAGCAUAUCUGAGCGGCAAGCUGAAAAGAAAAAGAACGAUAGAGGGGUUAGUUACUCAAGUUUCUUUCUAAUUUUCUCUCAUUUUCUCGGAGGAGAGAGAAAGCUACAAACUUUAUAACCGAUCCUCUCCGAUCUGCUAACUCUUUAUCACCAAACACACAGCCAUUAAAUGCAUUAGAUCCGAGUUUGCUACCCAACAUUCUUCGCAUUGUAAUUGGCAUUUAAAGUUAUCUUUCUUUCAAUUCGAGAUCUUAUUCACAUUCAACGAGCUUUCAAUUAUAUCAUUGAAGAAAUUUUGAUUCGGUUUUUUGGCUAGUCAAGUCUUGCUGCUUUCACUGAGCUUCAAACGGUGAGUUAUAGCUUUGUUUUUGGAAUUUUAAGCUUCAGUGGAGGGCUAAAACAGGUAAUAGAAGUUAAAUUUGAGUAGGAAUUGGGGGUGGACGGUGAAAUGUUAUGGUUUGGUACCGCGGGAUCAUUAGGGUGAUGGGAAUUUAGGGUUUUAGAUAUUGUAUUGCAAGGCGAAGGCUUUGAUUUCGUGCUUAUUGGAUAUGGUCGUUGAGAUUCCGCAUUUGGAAUGGUACAGUUGAUUCGGUUAUUGUGAAUUAUAUGUGUAUGAUUGUGCUGUAUUUGGAUUGCUGGAAGUGGGAUUAAGUAAUGGAAAUUGCGAGGAUGGCAAUUUGAAUGCAAGGUUCAGUUGUUUUAGUUGGAUGCAAGUGAUGGGCAAUCGGAUUUGGAAAAAGGUUUGUUUUAGUUGUGGUUGCAAGGAGAGGUUCAAGUGAUUAUUUUGGAAGUUUAGUUUGUAGUGGAGAUGCCUCCUUCUCCAGCAUUGAGAUAUUCUCCCGGGAGGGAGCCCAAAGCCAAGAACCAUAAACGAGGCCGCAGUCUUGAAGGUGGAUUGCUCUUCAAGGAGAAAGAUGACGAUCUUGCUUUAUUCAAUGAAAUGCAAUCCAGAGAAACAGAAAGUUUUUUGCUCCAGUCAUCUGAUGACUUUGAAGACACAUUUUCCACAAAGUUGAGACAAUUUUCAGAUUUCAAACUUGGAAUCUCUAUUCCUGUUCGAGGAGAAAGUAGUGAACUGCUUAAUGCAGAUGGGGAGAAAAAUGACUAUGAUUGGUUAUUAACUCCCCCCGACACUCCUCUUUUUCCUUCAUUGGAUGAUGAGCCACCACCAGCUAACGUUGCAUCCAGGGGUAGGCCUCGGAGUCAGCCUAUCACUAUAUCAAGAUCAUCCACAAUGGAGAAAAGUUACAGAAGCAGUCGUGGCAGUGCAAGUCCAAAUCGGUUAAGUCCAUCACCUCGGUCUGCUAAUAGUUCAAUUCAGUCCAGGGGAAGGCCGUCAUCAGCACCUCAUUCUAGCCCAACUCCUAGCCAACGAUCUGCCACUCCAUCACGUAGACCUUCUUCUCCCCCAAGUAAAGCUUCAACACCUGCUCCAAGAUCUUCAACUCCAACUCCAAGGAGGACAAACAUAAGAUCAGGAGCAAGGGGAAUUUCCCCGAUAAGUACAAGUCGAGGGAACUCUGCUUCACCAAAAGUAAGGGCAUGGCAAUCAAAUAUCCCUGGUUUCUCUUCUGAAGCACCACCCAAUCUCCGCACAUCUCUGGCAGAUCGACCAGCAUCAUAUGUAAGGGGUUCCUCACCCGCAUCGUAUGUAAGGGGUUCCUCACCAGCAUCUAGAAAUGGUAGGGACUCAGGCUCAAAAUUUGGCAGGCAAUCAAUGUCUCCAACUGCUACUAGAAGUCUUAGUUCAUCACAUAGUCAAGAUCGAGAUCGAAUUAGCUCACACAGUAGAGGUUCUGUGGCAUCAUCUGGUGAUGAUGAUGUGGACUCUGUGCAAUCCAUUUAUGUGGGUAGCUUAGACCGCUUGGCUUCAAAGAGGACUGACACAUUUUUAAAUACUAGAGCUAUGGCAUUUUCUAAGAAAUCAACGAGAAUAAUGUCUCCAAGUUCUGCUCCAAAAAGAUCCUUUGACUCUGCUCUUCGUCAAAUGGAUCAUCGGAAGAGUCCUCAGAAAAUGUUCAGACCACUCUUAUCUAGUGUGCCCAGUUCUACCUUCUAUGUUGGAAAAAAAAAUUCUGCACAUCGUCCUUUGAUAUCUAGAAAUUCUUCAGUUACAACCAGCAGUAAUGCAAGUUCUGAUCAAGGUACCAGUGGUGCACCUGAUACUGAAGGAAGUGACCACCACCAGGAAGACAUGGCAAAUGAAAGUGGAAAAACAGCAUAUUCUGAUGCUCAGGAAGAAGUAUUUGCCUUUGAUAAGGUGGAUACGUUAAAUAAGGAUGUCAGGCAUGAUACAGAUGAUGUUUCGCACUUUCGAGUUGGAGAAUUUGACAGAAACCCUGCAAUUGAAUGUGAACCUAAUGACUCUGAAGAGUUCGGCCAUCCAGAGAUUGAUAUGGAAAUCAUUUCUGUUUCUGAUGCUUUAUGCAUCAAAGCUGAUUUUUCAGAAGUUGAUAGUACUGAAAACAAAAAAGUUUGUUCCAAAUGUGGUUGCAAAUAUCGUGCCAUUGAAAUGAUAGAAAAUGACUUAAAUCUUUGUCCAGAUUGCAGUACACAAGACAAUCUUGUGGCUGCCACCUGUCUGGAGACAAUAAUAGUAGCUCCUGAGAAUUCCUCAGUGUUGUCUUUGAAUGUUUCUGAACAACACAAACCAUGUGAUGAGCAUGAGACCCAGAUGGCCAUAACUAAGUUGAAAUCUCAAGUUAUUGAUGAGGAGGCAAGGGUUAUUCAGCAAGGAGAUGAUGUUAAGUAUGGCCAAGCUCCAUGCCAUGAGCAAAGCGAUUCGUACUCCCAUGAAAGUUCUCUUGUACUAGUGGAGGGAGAUGAGCAGAGGAUUGCUAGCCAGCAUGGAGCUGGGCAGCCAACUCUUAGUCACAGAAUACCUGAGAGUGACUUUGAAGGUCAGCAAUUGCUGCGAUCCGGUGACUAUCGAAGUCUGAAGGUGGAUGUUUCAGAAGGUGCUGGGAUUUCUGUACUGCUUAAGAGGUCAAGCAGCAUCAAGGGGCCCGUUGUUCAAGCUAGGACUUUUGUUGCCUCUACCAUCACUUAUGAUGAUUUCUCUUAUACUGGAGACGGUGCAAAGAGUUUGAGAAGCUCCUUUGGACAUGGCAGUACCUCAGCUUCAUCCUCUAUUGAUUUCAGCUCAGGCAGGCAGGUUGAAACUCGUGUUCAACGGCAGUUAAGUGGCAGGAAAUAUGACAUGGAUAACUACAGAUAUGACGCAAACACUAGACCUCAAAGCACUGGAUCAUCUUUGUCUGGAACUUCAAACCUCACUUACCAUGCACUAGGUCUCGCAACCAGCACCCAUGAAGAGAACAGUGAGGCUUUUGUUGGUAAUGUGAAGCAUGAAGUAAUAGAAGGAGCAACUGUAACUUCACAUGGAAAAGUGGCGGCUUCAGAAAAUAAUGAUAUGGGUGUUUCUAGUGCAUCUUUUACUGGUAUAGUAGCAACUGAAGGAGAUUCAUGUGAGCAUAAUGACGUUAGUAGAAUAAUGGAUGCUUCUACCUCCAGUUUGUCAUGCCAUGCAGUUGGCAUUCAGUUAGAGGAGAAUUCUGUAGCAUCAUUUCUGACAUAUGAAGACCGUCAUUUACAUGAAAGCGAAGAUGAUUUUCCAAAUAAUGCAAUCAGUGUCUCAGAUGUAGAAGCAUCAGUUAUUUCUCCAGAUCCCCCUGUCGAAAUGGAACAUACCAUGUUGAACUCUUGUGUUGAUGGACUAAAUGAUGUUGAGGUUCCCACUCAUAGUUCUCUGGCCUCAAUAUCAGAAAUUGAAACUGAGAACUUUUGUCAAGGUUCCCCUGGCUCAGAGUAUGAUGAUGUUUCUACAAAUUCAAAGAGCUCCAUAAAUGAAUUUCAGGAUCAUUCAAUCCCAACACCUUCAGACAAGGAAAUGUCUGCUUCUGUUCUGGAACACAGCAACUCGGAUCACUUACAUGUCAUAUUGGAGGACUCAACUGUAUUGGUUCGGAAAGGAAGUAAAGCAAGAAGCCUAACCCUUGAAGAAGCAACAGAUACAAUACUUUUCUGUAGCUCCAUUGUCCAUGAUCUGGCCUACCAGGCUGCAGCUUUAGCCAUUGAAAAAGAAGACUCAGUCGCAUUGGAAAGUUCUCGGCCAACAGUUACAGUUGUGGGAAAAUCCACUGCAGACAGAAAAGAUUCACGAAGCAGAACUACAGGGAAAAGUACAUCAAAAUCCCUGAAAGCUAGACAGAAACGGACGGAAUCGGAUGUAAAAUCCCCUUCUAGCAAGUUCCAGAAUGAUGAGAAUGCCAAUGAAACUAUGUUGCGUAAUGUUGGCCUUCCUAAUAACAUAGACAGUGCGAAGCCUCCAAAGCUGGAGUCCAAGUGCAAUUGCACAAUAAUGUGAAAGUCUUUCAUUUCACACCCCCACCACAAAAAUCUGCUACUCCCACCAGCCAUAUGGAGAAGUUGCUGAGUGCUUGUAUGUUAAUGGUUUUUUCUGUGUUUGGAGGGCUGUUUAGAUUAUUGCCAAUCGGCUUCUUUUGGUUCCAAUUUAUUUGUAAGAAACACCACGAUGUGUUGGUGACAUAAUUGUAAAGCUUUUAUUUGUUAUUAGGUGAUAUUAGUGAAGGCAUUGGAGAUUUGUGCUUGUUCUUCUCCAGUUGCCACAUUCUUGUUAGUUUACUCCAACUCAUUCCUUGGUUAGAGAGAAGUGUGAAUUAAAACCCAACCAUUCAUAUUCGUUAUGAUUGUUAAAAAGUAUAGCUUUGAUUUUGCUUCA